AUGGCCUCGAAAGAUAUUGUUGUUAGCACAGACCUCAGGCUCUCCAUUCGGCGCAAACAGGGCCGUCCGCACUCUCCGAGCCCGCCGACUCGCGCCGUGGAGGACAGCGAAGGCGUCGUCUCGGAGAUUCGCCAACCCCCUCCCAAGCGAUCGCGAAAGGCGAUAAACUGCACGACGGCCCUAUGCUACCAAGGUCAAGACAACGACCCUCCCCAAAAUGAUGAAAGCCGCCGUUCCAUCGAUGUCUUCGCAGAGAUCUCACGCAUCCGUCAAUCUCUUACCUUGCUCGAGGCCCAUAUGAAAGACAGUGCAGGCUCGAGACCAAAUUUUACCCGACAAACCCCUACAUCGCUGCGAGCUCCGCUCACUGGUUUGCUCGUGUCUUCCUCCCGCCCUUCCAUUGACAGCCUUAUUGGUCACCGGGCAAGCGACUCGUCAGAUGCCACUCUCGUUGAUCGGAAGCCGCCUGACUCGGAGCCCGAUACUCGACCAGGAAAGUUGGGCCGACGAGGGAGCACGGGACUCUAUGUUGGACCGACUAGCCCGGUCUCGAUGCUGUUCUCGACUUCAGAUGACGACGUCUCGAUGUUCAUCGGUGAGACGGAAUUGGGCCCUGAUCAGGCCGAUGGCACUCUGGACGAGGAUACCAAUGAUCCAUCAUCCUCUGAACCUUCUCACUCCACCGUCUACGACGACGACUUGAUUGCCUUCCUUCCUCCGGUAGAGGUUGUUGACGGAUUGAUAGCAUAUUACUUCAAAUACUGCAAUUGGAUAUACCGUCAUGUUGAUGAAACUGCUCUCCUCGCUGGGUGGGCACACUACAAGGCCGGCCAGGGAAGCGACCGACUCAUCCUUGGGACCGUAUGUGUCAUCAUCUGUCUUGCGAUUUACUAUCUGCCUCCUGGGCAUGCUUUGUUGAACGGGCUCCCCGGACCUAUAGAUGAACAUGCGAGGAGAUACCAUGGUGUCAUGCGCGUGGCUCUCAAGCGAUAUCGAGAAGAAUCGGAAUCCCCAGCACGAAUGUACACGCUUCCAUUUGUAGAGCUCCUACUCGCAGAGACACAUCUCUUAGCAUUUUGCAGAGACGAUCCGGAGGAGAUCUGGAGUCUAGGAGGCGAGCUCGUCAGCAUUGCCACUGCUAUGGGAUUGCACCGAGAUCCAGCAAAUAUCGACGUUGGCAGCAGCGUCGCGGAGCGCAGGCGCUGGGCCUGGUGGCACAUAAUUCUCUUUGAACGCUGGCAAGCGUUCAUGUUCGGUCGCCCACUACACAUCGCCACACAUCAUUUUGAUACCCAACUCCCUACACAAUGCGACUCGGAGGUCGAUGAGUCGGGGCGGCGAUACAUCGCGAGCCUUGCCUUUUUCCGCCUUGCAUACGUGCUCGGCGAGAUCAUGGACGACGCCGUAUCCUUUCGCUCAGUAUCUUAUUCUUCCAUUCAGGAGAAAGACCAGCUCCUCACAAGCUGGUACGACUCUCUUCCGCCUGAACUCUGUCUGGAAGGCUUCGCGCUCGUGCGCGAACUGGGAAGUCUGGACGAGUCAGCUCGGCGCGCCGCCGUACAGAGUGUCGUUGAACGUAGCAUGUACUACCAUGUCCGCUUUGCCAUGCAUCGGCCCUACAUCCAGGUUCAAGAAAGUUUGGAAAUCGCUGUCAGCUCUGCAUCCAGUCUUAUCAACCUCUUUUCGAAUGCAUGUUCCGCUCCCGAGGUCCACGGGCAUCUAAUCUGGGGACCCUUCCAUGUUUUCGCAGCCGCCAUGUUCUUUUCGUUUCAGCUUGUCACAAAUCCAGACCAACCAGGCUCAGGCUUGUUCAGGGAACAAGUCACUCGGUCUAUUGAUCUCCUUGAGAGAUCCAGGAGGCUACCCCUCGUGGAGAGUGCGCUUGCGCUUUUACUUGCCUUGAAGCCAUUAUAUUCGGAUCAGUGGGCAACAAAAUCUUUGGAGGAGCGGGAGGAUGAGAAGGAGGCAGUAUUAAAGGCCGUUGCGCAGCUCGCAUUUCCAUGGCAAGAAUCAUCUCGUGCACAAGAUGCAGACACUUCGGUGGCGCAAGGGAUCUUGAGGUCGGGUGUGCCCGUGGUGGGCUCGGGGCUGGAUACACCAAAUCCAGUCACACCAGGGGUAGAACGCCCCUCAUCUUCCUCCAUACGCUGGGUGCCUGCACAGUCUUUUCCGCAAAUGGGGCACUAUUCUCACUUCUCGUCCUCACAGCCUACCCCCGUCCUAAUGGCCAUGGCCGACCAAGUGCCCGUCCACGGACCUGGCCUUGGGCACGUUCUAUUUCCGCCACAAUCAGCAGCAGCGACACAGCAGUCGCUGAGACGGACACCAGUAUUGAUGUCUCGUCUGCAGCGGCUGCCCGGCCCAUUGACGCAGCCCAUACCGUAUCAGUCGGGGAUGAGCGCAUAUACUCAGCAGGGGGUGAACAUGAUGCAGCAGUCUCUAUCACAUCCACAGCACGUGCAGGGGUCGGCGAUCGAUGGGUCAGCUAUGUAUGCUCCUCUGGACGAGAGCACGCUGUGGCACGGCUCAGUCGGAUUGGGUCUAGGGGAGUGGGCGCAGCUUCUGAGCGCGAUGAACCAGUCGGAGGCGCCAAGUAGGCAACUGGAUCCUACCGAUGCGCCUCCUUAA